AGGCGAGUUAAGCGGGGGCGUUCUUUGUCCCAGUGGUGAAUCUGGUGAUGCUGCACUGGCUUAUUCGUUCCUAAUCUCGUUCCCUACGGCGGCUCUCCUCCUCUGUCGCCUUACGUCUCUCAUUUGCUUCUUAUUUAACUUCCUCAAAGACCGCUAGCCAGCCUUCCAGGAGUACAUCAUGGGAGUCGGAGCUAUUUUGGAACCCUUGGUGGUCAUUGUCCUUCUUUUUGGUGGCACUUGGAUUAAUCGCACCGCUGGGCCGUUUCCUCCCGCGCGAAAUUCUCGCGCCAAAUCCCCAGCUCGCCAUCGUGCAGCCUCGCCGGAUUCCAUCGAGUCGGGCCUCUCCUCACCUACAUCAAAGGAUGGGCUUUUAAACAGCCGACCACUGUCUCCGUCAUACUCGCGAUCCGGACAAGAGACAUGGCGCACCCGCCAAGUUAGAAUACUGUUGUGGACAUUCGAACUUACCUCGCCAAACACUGCUGUUUUCCAUGAUCGUCUCCUCAGUCGCUUACUGCGAAAGUUGCCGUUCCUGGCCGAAUGCUGGUACUGGGCGUUGGUCUACUGGACAUACCAAUUAGGGAGAGCGUUCACUGCCGUAACUCUACAAGAAGGAACUGUCGACGUAGCGCGGAAACAUGCCUUGCAACUUAUUGAAAUUGAACAAACCCUGGGGCUCUUCUGGGAAGUCCCGAUCCAGCAGUUUUUCCUCCGGCACCCGUUACUCAUGAGAUGGACCAAUUGGAUAUAUUCAUUCAUUCAUAUCCCUGGAACAAUUGCAUUCUUAGUCUGGCUAUAUUAUUACACUAUCACAAGAAACCGGCCCGAUGAAUCUCAAUUGGGGAAACCUCGAGGUGGCUCGCCAGCAGGGCCGCUCCUUUACCAAGCCCGCCGACGCACCUUGGCCGUAUGCAAUCUCCUUGCAUUUGUUGUUUUCACUCUGUGGCCAUGUAUGCCGCCUCGCCUGCUGAGCGACAAGGGCGUUGAAGGACCCGAAGGGAAGCUGGCGCGCAGUUAUGGGUUCGUGGAUACCGUACACGGGGCCGAAGGUGCUGGUAGUGUGUGGACCGAGAAUAGAUUUUGCAAUCAAUACGCUGCAAUGCCUUCUCUACAUUUCGGAUAUUCUCUUAUGAUCGGACUCACCAUCAUGACAAUUCCACUACCGGCGCAUCAGCGCCUCUCGACUCGAGUUCGCAUUGGGCCCUUUGGGGUUCAGAUUCCAUCAAGACAUCGCUUAGUUUGUCUAUUCCUCGGCGCUGCCUAUCCGUCCAUAAUUCUCGCUGCGAUUGUCGCAACGGCAAACCACUUCAUUCUUGACGCUGUUGCUGGUGCCGUUGUGUGCUCUCUUGGGUGGAAGUUCAAUGGAGUCCUCUUGAAUUUGAUACCACUGGAAGACUACUUUCUUUGGAUGGUCCGAAUACACAAGCCAGAGCCGGCAGAAACGGCGGUGGAUCUUGAACAAUGGUCUGACGAUAGUGAUGUUGAAUGCGCGCCGAUAGUUGCCUGAACACAGGGGGCGACCCGGCUAAUAAUCCUUAUAUUAUGUUGCAUUUUGAUGAUACCCCUUUCUUCACCAUCGUGAUCAUCAUGUUCUCACCCUGGCUGGUUCUUCACAGCCUAUUCCUUAUCCUUAGGGUCGCUCUUUUCCCCCAUCUUUAUGAGGGAGUCUGUAUAAUUAAUUACCGUAUAUAAAUACCUAAUAUGAUACUGAGUGUCAGAGAUUACGGAAUCAUUAUGUCG